ACACUUCUUCUUGCUAGCGCAUCGUUACCCAAAAAGAAAAGAAUCUGACUUUAUCCAGUUUCGUUCAUAAUCGUCAUCCCAAAAACCCAAUGUCGGCACCGGAAACAACAGCCUCGUCGCCACCGCAGGAGCACAAGAAGAUAUUCCUGGCGGCAGUGGACGAGAGCGAAGAGAGCAUCCACGCCCUGUCAUGGUUCGUCAACAAAAUCCUGCCAGCGUCUUCCUCCGGCCACCACCACCGCUCUACUCUCGUCCUUGUCUACGUCAAGCCUCCGCCGCCCCUCUAUUUCUCUCCCGACGGGCAUGUGUUUUCGGCGGAUGUGAUGGCGGCAAUGGACAAGUACAGAAACGACGUCGCGGAGUGCGUUAUGGUAAAGGCCAAAAGGGUCUGCAAACAAGCAGCUGGCGACAAUGAUAAUGGUGAUUACCAAGUUAAGGUGGAGACGAUGAUAGAGAAUGGGGACGCGAGGGAUGUGAUUUGUCAGGUUGCUGAAAAGCUAGGUGUUGAUGUUCUUGUGAUGGGCAGCCAUGGCUACGGCCCCAUCAAGAGGGCGUUUCUUGGGAGUGUGAGCAACCAUUGUGCUCAGAAUGUGAAGUGUCCAAUCUUGAUUAUCAAGAGGCCCAAAUCCAACAACUAGUGAUUCGUAGUUCAUCAUUCCAUGUUGUACUUUGUGUGUGUCUUAAAAUUAAAGGAUCAUCAUCCAACCUUGUGAUUUGUAUUUCCU